AUGUUUGGAUAUGACAUGUCAUGGGCAUCGUUUCACGUUCUCGAGGUCAUGUCAUCAGCCAAGUACCUCCAGAAACGAGUCGGGUAUCUGGCAGCGGUACAGAGCUUCCGGCCCGAUACGGAGGUCUUAAUGCUGGCGACCAACUUAUUGAAGAAGGAUGUUGUCACCACAAGCAUCCCGAACAUGUCGCUCCCCCUAAUUACCCUGCCGCAUAUCAUCACACCUUCCUUGGCGAUGUCCCUGCUCCCUGAUAUCCUAUCCCGACUUUCACACUCCAAUCCCGUGGUCCGGAAGAAGACAAUUGUAUGCUUGUACCGAAUUGUGUUGGUUUAUCCAGAUGCCCUGAAGCUGGCAUGGCCCAAAAUAAAAGAUCAUCUGAUGGAUGACCAAGAGGACGGCAGCGUGACUACUGCCGCGAUCAAUGUGGUUUGUGAACUCGGAUGGCGACGACCCCAUGACUUUUUACCUCUUGCGCCCCGAUUCUUUGAGUUAUUGGUGGAUAGUGGAAAUAAUUGGAUGGCCAUCAAAAUCAUCAAACUCUUUGCAACCUUGACCCCAUUGGAGCCACGACUGACCCGGAAACUUUUACGUCCAUUGACUAAUAUAAUCCAAACUACUUCUGCAAUGUCGCUGCUCUAUGAAUGCAUCAAUGGCAUCAUCCAGGGUGGUAUAUUGGACGGCGAAGAUGGCUUUCAAGAAAGGGACGACGUCGCCACCCUUUGCGUGGGCAAACUUCGUGGCAUGAUCGUGAUGGAUUCUGACCCUAACUUGAAAUAUGUGGCCCUUCUCGCCUUGAACCGUAUCGUUGCCACCCAUCCAAACUUGGUUUCCAUGCAGCAGGAUGUGAUUAUGGAUUGUUUGGAUGAUGCAGAUGUCUCUAUUCGACUCCAAGCCCUCGAACUUGCAGUUGGAAUGGUCAGCAGUGACACUCUCCAACCAGUCGUAAAUCGCCUGUUGGAUCAACUCCGCCGAGCAUCUGUCCCCGCAGGUGAUUCAGCCGAUGAACCUGAAGUCCCAGACGCACCUGCGGUGUGGCCCAAUGACUACAGGACCGAGGUUAUACAUCGGAUCCUGGACUUGUGCUCGCAGAACAACUACUCUGAAGUCGUUGAUUUCGAAUGGUAUAUUGCCGUGUUGGUACAGUUGGUCGGCCUUCUUCCGCCAAGUGAGAUCGACGAUGAUUGGAGCCAACCCAAAGAACAAGACACCACGUCUGACCUGAGAACGAAUGCUGCAUUGAGAAUAGGAACGGAGAUCCGCAACGUUGCUGUGCGGGUAAAGGGAGUACGCACAGAAGCUACCAGAGCCGCCGAAUCGCUGGUUUUUAUCGACAAUCGAUCCACCUUCUUUCCUCCCAGCUCAACCAUCGGCGAUGGUGUUCUCGGUCCUGUCGCCUGGGUAGUUGGUGAAUAUGCCGAAUUGCUCUUAUCACCUCACAGGUCUCUUUUGUCGUUGAUCGAUACUUCGAAUUCAUCACUCCCGCCAAGGACCCUUUCCCUUUUCCUGCAAGCUAUUCCCAAGAUCUUUGUUCACGUCAGCCAGACCAAUAAGACAGGCAGUGCAUGGAAUAGCGAGAUGUCACUCCUGCUUGCGCGUGUCGUGGAGUUCCUCGAGACGUUAGCGUCUCAUCCAGAUCUGGAUGUCCAAGAGCGAGCUAUCGAGUUCUUGGAAGUGCUGCGGCUGGCCGCUGAGGCAUUGCAUUCUGACACCCAAGAGGUCCCGUUCCUUCUCACUUCGGUCAUACCGGGGCUGUUCACAGGGCUCGAACUAAACCCUGUUGCAGCCAGUGCCCAGCGAAAGGUCGUUCUGCCUGAUAGCCUUCGACUAGAUGAACCAUUCAGCCAUGACCUGCCUGGUCUCUUCCGAAAUUUGAACGACUCUACAUCGAUUGACUCCAAAUCCUGGGAGGCAUCAAACUUCUAUCACACCCCCGAAAUAGUAUAUGUGAACAAGCAGGCCCAUGAUUUUACGUCGAACGAUGCACCUUAUGCCUCCCACCAAGCCCACAAUGCUCCAAUGGACCCUACUGCAGUGCAAAGAAGAAUGUUGGAGCGAAAAGAACGCUUCAAGGAUGAUCCCUUCUACAUUGCCCCAUCUGGAGACUCAUCUGGCACCUCUACGCCAUUCCAUGAAGUUCUCAACAAUUCCAAUGGCGAGGGUUUGGACAUCGACUCGAUCCCUAUUGUUGAUUUGAAGUUGAGUGAUGACCAACCGAAGAUCCGCUCCGAUCGCCCCAAGGGCCGUCGAGCUCCCAGCAGAUUAGCCGUCGCCGGCGACGAAACGUUCGAAAUCCAAAAUUCAUCUGCCCCCUCCUCUCUGGCCCACGGUGCCGGUACUGGUCCCGCCGCAGCUAAGCGCUCUGUGCUCCAGGUUGAUUCUAGCAACCUCGGAAGCUUGUCUAUGACCAAGGAGCCCUCUCAUAUCCCGACGGAUCCAGGGGAGACCGAGAUGGCCAAAGCAAUGCACCAAGUCGAAGAGGCACGGCUGCGCAUGCAAAGAGCAUCUGAGCGAAUUGAGCUCGACGGAACCCCCGCCGAGGGAACCCUGGUCAAGAAGAAGAAGAAGAAGCCGAGGAAGCCAGCUGAUUCAGGUUCUCUAGAUGCUACGGGUGAAACCCCGUCGGAGAUAUCCACGGUGCGAAAGAAAAAGAAGAGGAAGGACUCUGAGAAGCGAGCCGAGCAUGAACCUCCCUCGGUUUCUAAGUAA